AUGAAUAGAUUUGGGAAAAAUAUGAGGUUCUGGGGAAUAAUUCAUAGUCAAGGGCAUGUGUUUGAGGCCAAAAGAGGGUGUGACAGUUAUAAGGUGGACUUAGAUGAUAUGACAUGUUCAUGUAGGCUGUGGGAUUUGGCUGGCAUCCCUUGUGUGCAUGCAAAUGCAGCAAUUAAUUUUAUCCAUCAAACACCAGAUGCAUACAUCAAUGCAUACUUCUCUAAAGAGAAAUUUAGGCAAUGUUACUCAACAAACAUUGAACCUGUUAAUGGCAGCAAUCUUUGGGCCCAAACUGAAUACAUUAAGCCAUUGCCUCCAAUGUCUAGGAGGAUGCCUGGUAGGCCUGCUACCAAAAGAAAGAGGCAUGCCAGUGAGAAGGAGAGCAAGUUUUCAACAACAAAAGUGAAGGUUGCAAGAACUACCAGAUGUGGUAAUUGUUUGGAAUAUGGUCAUAACAAGAGGGCAUGUAAGAAUGAGAGAAAACAAUAUGUGCCUCCCCUACCAAAGAAGACAGGAAGGCCAAGAAAACAUCCCAUCCCCCAUGUGUCUACAAGCCCUGGUCAACCAAAUGUCCCAAGUCAACCUUCAUGCUCUAACACAGUGAGGAUGAGUCCAAGAAAACAUAACACAUUGAGGAUGAGUCCCAGAAAACAUCAGCAACAGGCAGGUUCUAAAAGAUUUAGGAGAAAUAGUAUUGAUGUACCAAGGAAGAAGUUGUGCACAAGGAGAGGUGGUGGGAGGAUUGGUUCUGCAACUAUAGGUACUCAAGAGAGUGUGGUUCAACAAGUUCCAGUUGUUGAUGAGGGUGAAAAUGUGAUGGGUGAUAAUGUGGGUCAAAGUGUGGUUCAACAAGUUCCAGUUCUAGAAGAAGGUGUGGUGCAGGAAGAAGGUGUUGUGCAGGAAGUUCCAGUAAUUCAUAUUCAAGAUGGUCAUAUGAUGCAAGAAGGAGAAAGUAGUCAAGCAAGUGUGAUGGAAGGUAGUGACACUUUUGGGCAAGUAGGAUCCAGUAUUGGUAGGAAGCUUAAAUCAAUAAAUGAUGAAAUUGAACAAGGUAUUGAUGCAAUUUUAGAAGGGGUUAACUUCACAAACAAAACAAAGUCCAGUCCACUAAAUGGUGACAAUGAGGUGGAAGAUAAUCAGUUUAUUGAGUUUACUGAGGGAAAAGAGGAUGAUAUUCUCCCCAGAGAAUAUACAAUUAGGACCUGA